AUGGAAAGAAUCAAAGAAAGUACCGUUGAAUUUCCUGGAAGAUUCAAAGAAAUUUUCUAUGAAAUACUGAGUAGUUUCCUGAUAGAUCUCUUGUGCAAAUUGUCCAAGUCUCAAGCUGACUUUGGAUUUGUUCAGGAUUUGAGAUGGCGAAUCGGUGUUCAAAUAAUACCAGUUACCUGUGAGAGCUCAAACAAUUUCCAAAUCACCAUAGAAGCCCUAGAAGAAGCAUACAACACAGCAAUAGAGGCCAACAUUAGAGUGAAAGGCUUGAUCAUAACCAACCUAUCAAACCCAUUAGGCACCAUUUUAGACAAAGACACUCUCAAAAGCUUGGUGAAUUUCAUCAAUGAAAGCAACAUCCACCUCGUAUGUGAUGAAAUCUACGCUACCACCAUUUUCAGGCCUCCCCACUUCACUAGCAUUUCUGAGGUCAUUCAAGACAUGGAUAGUAACGAUGAUCUCAUUCACAUCAUUUACAGUUUGUCAAACGACUUGGGUUUUCCUAGCUUUAGGGUUGAUAUUGUUUACUCAUACAACGAUGAAGUUGUGAGUUGUGCUCGAAAGAUGUCGAGUUUUGGAUUAGUCUUGUAA